AGGACCCAGAGCAGGACCAGGACCAGGACCAGACCGAUGUCCAUCGGUCAUCAUGAACCGGACCAGUUCAGAUCCAGUCCACUUCAUUAUGACCAGUCCUCCUGUGAUCAGAGACCAGUCCGACGCCGCCAUGUUAGGCGGCUCCUACCGUGAGUUGGUCAUGUUAUCAGACAUGUCCAGUGGAUGGAAGCAACAGAAUGUCAGUUAUGUGUCAAGAUCAGGAGGAAAUGUCACCGAUUCACCGCUGAACCUGACGUUAAAGCCAGAAGAAGAGUUCGAUCCACUGGGAGGACACACCGUCUUUCAGGUCCUUAUAAUAGUCUUCCUCACCGGAUCGCUGUCUCUCGUCACCGUUGUUGGAAACAUCCUGGUGAUGGUGUCGUUCAAGAUCAACAAGGCGUUAAAAACAGUCAACAACUACUACCUGCUCAGCCUGGCGUUCGCUGACCUGACCAUCGGAACCCUGUCCAUGAACCUGUACACCACCUACAUCAUCAUGGACCAGUGGGCUCUGGGGCCGGUGGUCUGCGAUCUUUGGCUCGCUAUAGACUACGUGGCCAGUAACGCCUCGGUCAUGAACCUGCUGGUCAUCAGCUUUGACAGGUAUUUCUCUGUGACCAGACCUCUGACCUACCGGGCGAAGCGUACGACCAAACGGGCCAUGACUAUGAUCGGAUUAGCCUGGUCCAUCUCCUUCAUCCUCUGGGCUCCGGCCAUCCUGUUCUGGCAGUACAUUGUCGGUGAGCGGACCGUGCAGCCCAAUGAGUGCUACAUCCAGUUCCUGUCCGAACCCAUUAUCACAUUUUGCACCGCUAUUGCCGCUUUCUACUUGCCAGUGACAAUUAUGACGAUCUUGUUUUGGAAGAUUUACCAGGAGACAGAGAAGCGAGCUAAAGAAGUUCAAGGUCUCAAAGGAUCUGGGGCCGGAAACAGCCCAAGUCAAGCUCAGGGUCAAGGCGGAAGUGUUAGCGGAAGAGACGGUUCGACCAAGAAUUCGUCAGCCGUGAUCCGCCAGAUGAGCUCCCAAAGCUGCAGCAGCUGCGAACUAAAUCAGGUAGCGUCGGACAAGGAGAACAAGGAGAACGGAAGCACCCCAGGAGCGGUGGGAGGCAGAGGGAGGUGCGCGGCAUUUUUCCUCCGGUUUAAGUCACUGCUGCCGGGUCGACGCUCGUCCAAGUCUGUCACCAAAAGUCCAGAAGGUGACGCAGAGCAGAGCAGCACUGACAGCUUCAACAACAACGAUGGAGCAGAAGAAGACGCUGAUGGUCCCGACCCUUCGAGAACUCCGACAGAUGGACAGAAGCCACCGAAACCGAAGAACCAGGAUAAACAACCAUCGUCGUCCACCAGAAGUCAAAAAGGUCAACCACCCAGUCCUACCACGUCAUCACCUGCAGACCAGUCACCGGCAUCCAUCACCAUGAAAGACGCAGCCAUGGCUAAACGUUUCGCCUCGAAGGCCAAGACGGAGAUCAACAAGCGCAAAAACGAGAAGAAGGCCAACGAGAAGAAGGCCAACGAGAAGAAAGCUGCCCGGACUCUGAGCGCCAUCCUCCUGGCCUUCGUCACCACCUGGUUACCCUACAACAUCAUGGUGCUGGUCAACACCUUCUGCCAGGACUGUAUCCCUGAAACCCUGUGGGCGCUGGGCUACUGGUUGUGUUACGUGAACAGCACCGUCAACCCCAUGUGUUACGCGUUGUGCAACAAGACCUUCAGAACCACUUUCAGGGAUAUUUUAAUGUGCCAGUGGAACCAGAGGAAGAACAAGGCACAGAUUCACCAGAGGAAGGCGGUGGCUUUCAGGAAAUCAGACCCAAUGUAGACGACGACGACGGCGGCGGCAAAAUUCAAAGGGUCUGGUUUUAAGAAUGCAGUUCCAGUAACUAUGUUCAGAGUUGGAACGCGUGGAGCAGUGAUCAUCCAGUGGUCAUUUUCAGGGAGAAGACGCAGGACUGAACAAAAACGAAAAGGAGACUAAGUUCAAGAUACCAUGACCGCUACUGGCUAAAAUUGAAAUGAUCCCCAGAGGAGGAUCAUCCCUUGUAACUUGGUGACUCUUUGAGCACUAGGACCACCACCCCACAGAUCUUCAAUGUGGUCAGUGACACCAUUAGAAUUCUAAAACCAGCUGCUGGACUAAUGUGGAUUGUCUUGAUACAAAGGGAAAACCAUACUCUGGACUUUUUUGGGGCAAAGAACCUGUUAAUCUCUUCGACGUCAACCCAUAUCUGAGGACCACCACCAAUUUGACCAUCACCCUAAAGCUGUUUUAUCAACUGUGGAGACAUCUCGCAUCAAAUUUUGUCUGAAAUUUGGGAGGAAACCCUCUCCAAACCCAUUUCUCCAUGGGGGAUGAAGCCAUUACACUUUGAUAAAAACCUUUACUCUGAUUCCACCCUCAGGAUUUUUACCCUCGUACCGAUGAAAAUGUCGUACUCUGGGGUUUAAUGAACGUUGAGGACUUGUUCGUAAGUGUGCAGUGCAUUAGUGCAGAAUGAUAGACGCACAAUAUUAUAUAGUUUGUGAAGAAAAACAAUAGGUUUGGUUUGGUUUGUUGAAUGUAUUCUUAGACGUUUAAUGAAAUUUGAAGUUGUGGCAAAAGCACUAGUUUAGUAAAAUGCUAAGUCGGAGCCGAUUAUAAAAACCCACUAUGUCAGUGGAGACCGGUU